AUGGCACUGGUGCCCACCGAAAGUUCGUUCCUGUCCUCCUUGAAUGUUGACAGAAAGCGAGCACUGGACAGACAGAAAAAGCGAGAGGAGCUUCUGGUAGAUACAGAAGGGGGAACCAAGAUUCUUGGACUUCACCAGGAUCUGCAGGCCCUUGUGGAUGUGCUCGAUGAACGCGUUGAGAGUAAGCUCAGCGCGAACGAAAAGGCAUACUUCGUGGCUUACAAGAGCUUCAUGUUCACUGUCCAAAAGGAGUACAAGGAACUGAAGCAGAAGGCAGAUGAGGAGGAGACAAAAACGAGGAGGGAUGCAAAGAUCCAGUCCCUGGAAAAGGAGCUUGACUGGUUCAUGAACGAGGCUUUGCGCUUGGAUGAGCUUGUCAAGAAAUACAAGAAGGAGCUGGACAAGUGGAAGGGCAAAGCAGAGGCGUUGGAGGACGAUCGGCAGUUUCUGGAGAACCAGAUCAAGCAAGCCAAGAGGACAAACAAAUCUCUGAGAAGUGCCGUGGAAGAGGGUGACGAGAUCUUUGCCAACAUCUCAGAAGCUCCAGGCCCGGAUGGCAAGGAAAGUCCCACAAAGUCGGAUGACGGCUGCAGGAAAGCAGUGAGUCCGGAAGCCUGCCGAGAUGUCGAUGCUCAUGCAGCACAGUUUGCGGCAUAUACUGGCAUGACACCAAAAUGGUGCUAUAGACUAGUUCUGAUUAGCUUGGUACUACGAGUGAUGGGCGGAUGCUGGGUGGCCUUCGUUGCUCUGGAGUACACCCGCUACUAUGUGUUGAACGACCUGACCGAGCUCGACCUUCUCCGAGUUCUGACCGGCUCUCCACAAUUUGCCGUUCAGGCGUUCCUGUUUCCUUUCUUGGGUGUCUUGUCAGACAGGGUCUCGAGGAAGAAGCUCAUACUGGCUUCGAGUGUGGCCAUUUCUGCUUCGGCCUGGCUGAUGACGGUGGUGCCUUCUGUGGAAGUCUACAUCUUCACGAAGGUGCUGGCAUUGGUUUCAGACGUUGGCGGCCCUAUUCGAGACGCCAUGCUUCGUGACAUCUUCUCCGCGGACGAGUGGGAAUUGAAGCAUGGUGGUGUAACAGGCCUAAAAGCGCGCUUGGCCAUCGUGGGCCAGAUGGGCUUUGCUCUUGCGAUGGCGGUUGGGAUGGCCAUUAUUAAGCUGGGGGAAGUUGGCAUUGGACUUCCAAACGAGUACACUGUACACAAGGAACAUUGCGGGGCGCAUCACUGCAUCCAGCCAGGGCAUUUUAGCUGGGAUGGGCCAUGGGCCAUUGAUGGCAGUUUGCGGCUAAUGAUGCUGAUGGGGUCUGUUGCCUUGUCGCUCGAAACGGUCCUAGUGGCGGUGGCCUUCCCCGAAACAAUCAAACCGGAGCUCCGCACGAGCACCCGGAAGCUGGUGGUGGAAAACUGGCGGGUCAUUCAGCCCUGGAACAAUCUUCGUGUCUUCGCCACGCACGAGCUUCGGCUCUUGAUGUCCAUCCGGACCUUGGGCUACGUGAUCGCUGCUGGAGGAGGAUCUGUCUACAUGUCUUUCUAUCAGCGCUUCGAGUUUGACACCUUCACGAUGAUGACGCACACCGUUCUGGCAGGGGCUGCCACGUGGUUGACCACCUUGGCCGUGCCAAAACUGGUGGAUCGCCUUGGGGACAUGCGCGGUGUUUGGAUCCCUUCAAUUGUCUUGUCGAUGUUGUACGGGGUGGCCUGCGGCUUCAUUCCUGCCGGCCACGGCUACCUGGUCUACGUUGUUUGGCCACUGCUCGGAGGGCCCUCCUUUGCUCUGACUGGCUUUGCGCCGGACCUGCUUGCAAAGCUAGUUCCGGCAGACGUGCAAGGAACGUUCACCACUGCAAAGUCCUUCCUCUUCCGGCUUUCUCAGGCUAUCUUCAUGUGGCCCUGGAACCAGCUCUUCAUGCAUACCGCCCAUUUCGCAUAUCCACUGGAUGCGACCGCACUUUGGGUCUCCCUUGCCUUAGGCGUGUUCAUGCUGAUGCUCACCUGCUACGCCUGUCAACACGAUCCCCGCGAAGCCAUUAAGAGUGGAAGGGCGUUGGAUGCCUUCAUGGCCAGCGACUAUGCCAAGAGCAGCUGGUACAAGAAGAAUGCAGCAGAGGAAGUCUUCGAGCAGCAAGCAUCAGCUGCAGGUGGACAGCAGAUGGAGAUGCUCCAGUACACUGCAACGCUCAGUCGACAGGUGAGCAAGCAAAGCAAGCGAAGCGCGUGUGCGACACGGAACCCGACAGAUGUCGAGCAUUCGCAUGUCCCCGAAGAGCUGACUCACGUGCAUGUCUUGAAGAGAAGCUGUGAGCAGUGCCACCAAGAGCGAGCUCAGAGCUCGGCAUAUGCCGCUCUUGUGUCAGCAGAAGACGGUCAGCAGCAGCAGACCGCCAAGCCGCAGGAUCUGCCACAAGACGCUGAGACCAUUCAAGGCCCCACAUUCAACGGCCUCUCGCAGGAACUGGAGGAAAAGUAUCAGACAACUGUAAGGCGACUGAAGCAACAGCUGCAGCAGGAGCAAAAGCAAGCGGCAAAGAUGCGAGCAAUUGCGGACCGUCAGUUCACCGAGCCGUCGGAGCUUGAGGCCUUCUUCCUCGAGUGCGUGGAUCAGGUGAAAACAGAGAUCACCGAGCGCCGAAAAGCGGCGCUCGAGCAGAACAAAGCUUUGCGUGCUGGCGGGGAGGGGAAAGCUCGCGGGUAUCCAGAAGCUCUCCCACCGCAUCUCGCAAAGCUGGCACAAACGCCGACGCUGGAUGAUUUUACUGUCACCGACAGACGCAAGGUAGUAGAGCUGCUGCUCAGCAGCGAGCAUGUUCUGCAGUUCCUUUAUGACAAGCUCUUUCCACCUGAGUCUUCAGCUCAGUGA